ACAAAAGAGAGCAAAGUUGAUUUUCAAUAGGCCAAAGUUGUAGCGGCUUGACGGUCGUGUAAGGUCUGUCGAAGUAGAGAAAAACAAACGUAACAUGUCUUCCUGCAAUUCGCACGCAUUAUGAACCGGGCACGUUUUGCAACGCUUCGCCGUGACCAUGCGCCACUGUGCUGUGGGUGCUGGAUAACCCGGCACUUAGAUCAACGGCACCGAUAGAAUCGUUUCACCUGCACGCUUGUACAACGUGAGCAUCAGAGGCGCGCAAAAAAGGGAACGGCGACGAAACUCGGAUCGCUGAAGAUUUGGAGAUACGAGAGGAGCAUCCUAGUGCAAGAGCAUCCGAGGAGGGCGUCUCUUCGGCGGGAUCGCUGGAUGUGAAAGUGCUCCGGCGCAUCUUUUGCAACUUUCACCUGCUCGUUGUGCGCCUUGUAUCGAAAAGAUUCCAAAGCUCAGUCUUGUGAUGUGCACCGUCCGGUGCCUUUCAAGUAUUCGGGUGCCAGUGGCCGAGGCGUCAUAGCGACAAGUAUGGUGUGCACAGCUGCAUCAUGCCAUCCAAGAAGCAGUAUAAUUUAGUAAGCGAUGAUGCGUACGACAGCAGAAUUCCCCUGCACAGUGAAGAAGCUUUUCAACAUGGAAUAUCGUUUAACGCCAAGUACAUUGGCACCAUGGAUGUUCCUCGACCCAGCAGCCGAGUUGAAAUCGUCGCAGCUAUGCGCAGAAUUCGGUAUGAAUUCAAAGCAGAAUCUGUCAAGAAAAAGAAGGUGACAAUUACCAUCUCGGUUGAUGGGGUGAAAAUCAUCUUGCGCAAGAAACAUAAAAACCAGUGGGCAUGGGAUGACAACAGAUACCUCAUAAUGAACCAUCCGAUCUAUAGAAUCUUCUAUGUUUCACAUGAUUCUCAAGACCUGAAGAUCUUCAGCUACAUUGCACGAGAUGGCGGUGGCAAUGGGUUUAAGUGCAAUGUAUUCAAGUCCAAAAAGAAGAGCCAGGCCAUGCGGGUGGUGCGCACCAUUGGGCAGGCCUUUGAGGUUUGCCAUAAACUGAGCCUGGCCAAUGCCACGUCAAGCUUGGUCGCCAGCGACAGUCUCCCGUCAGCUACUCGGCACAGCAGCAGCGAGAACUCCAUUUCCAGAGAAAAGGACCAGAGUGAAAAGUUUGACAGAGACAGCACUUGCGACGACACUAAGCCACUAGCACCACAGUCGGGAUCUAGCCCUGUUGAAUCGCCACACCAAGAGUCUCACUGCAGUUCAAAGGCCUCAUCCUCAUCCCCAGCAACAGGGAGCUCACAGCAGACUCUGCUGCAGCAGCAACAGCAGCAGCAGUCACAGUCACAAUCACCUAAGCCAGCUGUCAACCAGAUUGCUUGCACCCAGCCUGUGGUGAGUGCUGCAAGUGAUGGCGGGUCGAGCCUGUCCCCACCAUCACCUGCUGCGCCUGCCUCUCUCGUGCCAGAAGGAACAUCACUGUCCCUGUACCACCAAUUGCAGCUGAUGCGUGCUCAGAUGGAGCAUCAGGCCCAGCAGGCCCAGUCAGCUAUCAGCCAGGCCCGCCAUUUACGUGACCAGCUCUCGGCAGAGGCAACAGCUCGUUCUGAAGCCAUGUCACAGAACCAGCAGCUAAUUGUGCACAAUCGGGAGCUGCUGCAGCACAUUCACUUGUUGGUGAAGCACAUCCAGGAGCUGGAAAAGAAGAUAAACCGACUUGAAGGCAAAAGUGACCAUCUGCAGCCUGACCUGUCGCCAUCCCCACUUCAGAUUGGUCCACCACCCCGGUUCUUGGACCUGCUUUCUGGGGCAACAGCUGCAGGGAAGACGCCAUCUCCAGUGCCCCCUAGUGGAGAACCCUUUGAGCUGGGAAGCCUAGCUUGGCUUUCAGGGCCAUCGGGAGCACCAGCCAGCAGCAGCCCCCCGCCAGCCACUCCUCCACACCACAAUUUGACUGCUGCCUCCACAGCCAACUCAUCCCCUUCGGUCACCACGAGCAACCUUCAGUUGCGGCUAGAUGACCUGAGCUUCUCGGGCGCCAUGAAGGGAGGAGUGAAUGAGGAGGCGCGAGGGGUCAGCCGGUCGCCAGCAGCCCGUGCAGCCACAGGUCCUGGCAGCCUGCCGGAGCUGCCUGUGUUCGCAGACGGGGGUAGCAGCACAUCAUCCGCAUCACCACCGCCUUGGUCAGCAGGACCUGUGCCACCAUUCUCUGGGGGCAGUGGGGGCUUGUUUUUGCGGCAAUUCAGUGCCCCCUUGCCAAGCUCGCAGCCACCUCUGAGUCGACUUCCGGACAUCAGCCGGCUUACCAUCGACGAAGGCGAGCCAGGUGGCCUGCAGAAUUUUCUUGGAACUGGUGCCAUUGGCAAGAGCUGAAGGGGCGUGCUUCACCUCUGCACCAUGACAGUUGCCCUUUUCCUGCGCCAACUACAAGCUCUCCUUCUGAUAGAUCCUGCUUGUUCUUGGUGUGUGGCAUAUUUCCUUCUGCUGCCUCGAGGAGCUUUGUGUCUGCACAUUUCUCACCUUGAGUUCAAUCUUUUUCGUUAUCGAGAAAUGGAGAUUGAGAGAACUUUCCUUUCUGUAAUGGCAGUAGUUAACUCGCACUUUUGAUCACUGUCAGACUGAUUUCCUCUCACCCCACUGGCCUUCCAGCAUGCAUGAUGCUUCAUAUUUAUAUAAAGUCUCACAGACAUUUAAAACAGCAUGUAUAUGCAAGUUAGGGGCCUCAUAGUGCUUUUGUGACCAUACUGCCUACUAAUUUGACAAUGGACUCUACGUUCAAUCCCCUUCCCCCUUUUUUUUUCUUUUCCUUUUUUUUAAUGUGUUGAAUUGCAUGAUGUGACACCUCUAGAAGCCCUGCCUAAGAGCGACAUUCACUGUGAGUCCCAUCACUGUCAUUUCAGUACUGAUUGUUUGAUGUCUUGUAAGCAAAACAUUGCUCGGAAAUAUUCCUCGCCUCACUGCUCUUCUUUUUAAAUUGCAUUUCUUAAGUUCGCAACCUGCACUAACGAAACCUUUAGUUGUACUAUGUGCUAGCUUGAGAUGUUCUCUGUUAUCUACCACGGCAUCUACUGCAUUUCUGCAGCAAUUGUGUCUGCAGUUAUUCUAAAUAUUACUGCAGUGCUCAUCAUAGUGAUUUCUUACGUUGUCUGAGACACCUUUGUCCAAGUGAUAUGUGCUUACUGCCAUGGUGUUUUUAAGUUUUGUGUGUGCUUAUAGGUACUUAACUAUUCAAAAUCUACUUCACAUUCAAAAUCUUCUCCACGAAGUUACUGUUGAAGUGGGCAUUAGCUUUACCUGAGCACACGAAAUACACCGUUGUUUGUUAAUCUAUAAAAAUGCCUUGAUAAAACUUAAGUGGUUAUGAUUCUGGUGCUUAUUAAUUUUUAUUUUUGUUGACAAAAUAAUGAAUUUUCUGGCAGGCAUGACAUCUAGUAUCAUAUUUCUUGAAUUUAGUUUUACGUGAACGAGCCAUGAGAAUACCUGCUCAUUGCAUAUAAUUUUUAUAGAUGAAAUAUGAGCUGAAGCGUAACGUUUUAGCACGUUUAAACUAUACAUGUGCUUUGUAUGACCGUAUGCUGCUAUGCAUCUGUACGCUUCCAUUAAAUGUUCUGUAGCCAUUUUAAAUCUGGUAAAUUUCUAUUGCAUUUUCUGGGGGAAAGAGGAGGGGGGUGCCAAAGCUGUGCUGCAAGUGUGGUUUAUCCAAUGUUCAUACAAAAUGUGUGAUCCAUGUGGUAUCUUAAUACUUAUAUGCUCUAUUAAAGGGGCCCUGCAUCACUUUUUCAGCAUGGUCAGAAAACGCUGCCGAUCGGUAGUCGAGGCUCCCGAGAACACGCAAGCCAAACAUUAUAGCGCAGCACGUGGCCUGGGAUUUACAAUAAAUUCGCAAAGUCAGCUAAAAAGCGCUUCUUCUUCUCUCGACAAAAAAUGAUGCUUACGGCGUCACAGGCAGUUUCCAUGCCAUUGGCUGAUUUGAGCAUGGCGUGCUCUGUAGUUACUGCGGCCGCCAGGAAAGGCCGCCUCUCGACCACGCGCACGAUCGCCCUGAAAUACGCCAUGCGUUAGAAGAAAAAAAAAAGAAAAUGUGCUCAAGGUCAGAAGGCGCACGUGACGUACCUUCUUCCCCCGUGCCAUCCCCCCCCCCCCCCUUGCUCAGCUUCCAGCACUUUCGUUGGGGCGAGAGAAGAGGGAAAGCAGUUACAGCGUGUGACAAAUCUUUGCAACUUCGCUUGUACUGGACGGAUUCUAAACAUUUUUGCGGCGUUCGAUUCGUGAGGCAAUAAGUUCCUUCAGUGAAGCCAUUCCAUGGCUACUUGGAAAAGUGUUGCAGGGCCCCUUUAAGCAGGAAACAGCUCAAGAGAUGUACUUCAUAAAAUGUGUAUAUAGUAUUGUUUAGCUGUCUAAACACUUUUAAGCUGAAGAAGUACUGACACAAAAUUAAAAAAAUUAAGUACUGGUUCCUCGAUUGUGGUAUGGGAGAAAGCCAGAAAUAUAAGUUGGUUGUGGAUGCCAGUUGAGCCAGGAGGACGUAAUGUUUAUGUUGGCAGUGAAGCCUGCCUCCUGGUAGCUUAGCAGCAUGACAUUUCAAUUUUUCCUAUCUUUAAUAAUGGACCAGUUAAAAAAAAAUUCUUGCUGUAAGACAUUACCUAGACAUGGUCAUACAACUUCCAGUGUGUAACCAAAAUCGGCAGUGGGACCUGGAAAGAACUCUCUUAAGUCUGCACAAGCUUGAAACUGUUGUACCUUGAACACUGAUGCCGCUGCCACGGUGGUACAGUGGUUACGGUGCUCGGCUGCUGACCCGCAGGUUGUGGGCUCGAUCCCGGCCGCAGCGGUCGCAUUUUGAUGGGGCGAAGUACUUGUGGCCCGUGCACACGUUAAAGAACCCCAGGUAGUCGAAAUUUCCAGAGCCUUUCACUACGGUGUGCCUCAUAAUCAUAUUGUGGUUUUGACACAUGAAACCCCAGAUAUUAUUAAUUAUAUCGACACUGAUGCCAGUGUGAUGUGUUCCAGUCCCCAUCAAGGUCCUAUAAAAUAGUGAUGGUGGCUAAUAUCACUGCUUGUGGUGCAUGAGGAAGCAUUGCUGUAAUCAUUCGCCAUCCUACUUGUUUCAAAUGUAUGGUGUUGCUCUGCUAAGCUCGAGGAUGCGGGUAUGAGUCCGGGCCACGACGACUGCAUUUCUAUGGGGGCAAAAUGCAAGAACACCCAUGUACUUUGAUUUAAGUGCACAUAAAACAGCCCCCCCCCCCCCCGGGAACGAAAUUAAACCCGAGUCCCUCACUACGACGUGCCUCAUAAUCAUAUCAUGGUUUUGGCACGUAAAACACCAAAAUGAAAAUUAUUAUUAUUGUUUCAAACCCCUGACUAACAGUGUAGUGCUUCUUACUACUGCCUCACCAUAUGCACCAUCGUUUAAUGUCUAGAGGCAUGGAUAUGUAAUGUCAUGAACAUGUAUAGGCAGAAGAUAAAGUGCAUAUGUGCUAUUAUACUGGAUGAUCUAUCUGGAAACAGCAGUGCUGGCAGUGGCACCUUGGGAUGCUGUGGUCAAAUAUAAUGUAUUUGAAGCAUUCUUUUACAGUACAACUUGUAUCUUCAAAAAGGGACAGAUACAAAAAUAUCUUGGAUAGUUGCAGGCAAGAAACGCGGAGCUCACUCAGACUCACUCAAGAAAUAUAUUUUGCACUUAGGGCUCACUUGGACUCAGACUCGCCAAAAUUUUCCUCAACCAGACUCACUCAGACUCAAUUUCACCCAAACUUUCCUCAACCAAACUCACUCAGACUCGGAUUGAGCUGUGAUUCUGAGUGAGUCGACUCACGAAUGCGUUCGCAUAUAACUAGCAUUUUCGGUUGGUGUCAAUGCUCUUUAACACCAAUAGUUCACAUAAUGAGUGCUCUACGUGGUGCCUUUUGAUCUUGUAUCUUCAAGUAUGAGUUAGCAGCGGUUGCAAUCCAGUUAAAACAUCUUUAUGAAAGAUGCAACUCUUAUGAGAUAUUUUUAUCAAGACCUUCUCGUGAAAGUUUGCGGGAGGAAGUCAAGGCACCCCCCAUCUGUAACUCGUGCCUCUGAUCAAUAAAUAUUGAGGUGGCGUAUGAAAAUUAUUGAGUUGAAAUAUGUGUGAGUAGACGUGACUAAAAACAUGAGUAGACAUAAGGCUGAUAGUAAUGCUGAAGAUCAGUGGAUAGGACCAUAGGUUGGCAAAAAAAAAAAUGGAGCUCACUCACUCAUUUAACCCAUAUAUGCCGAAACUCAGAAAAAAUGACAAAACAAAUAUUUUUUUCACAGAAAGUGUACUUCUACUCUCAAAAGAAAGCACAAGUUGUUUAUUUACUGCCAGGUAAACUCAACACUGUUUUUCAAGCCGUCCUAUACAUAUAGGACACUGGGCGUUAGGGGUGCUAUAUGCGGGUGUGGUAAGCCUUGAAACAUUUCACGUGCACACCGACGUUGCACUUCUUCCUCUCAAUGACAUCUUUCGUACAAAGCACGCGUUUGCCCGGAGAAAACGGUCGGCAUUUCACGUGCAUUUCUUCCUCCCCAUGGCGUCUUUCACGCAAAGCACGCGUUUGCCUGGAGAAAGCGGUCGGCACGUGGCAGCAUGAAAAGCAAGCAAUGUCUAGGCUUGCACACGUUGAGAAUGAGGCCUGCUUAAUGUGCUGUAAUUGGCGCUAGUCAUCAGCUAAAGAAAUAGCGAUGUUAGAGUGCAUCAGAGAAGCGUCCUAUAUGUAGGACACUGGGCAUAUAUGGGUUAAGAAAUAUAUUUUGCACUUAGGGCUCACUCGGACUCAGACUCAGCAAAAUUUUCCUCAACCGGAUUCACCCUGACUCAUACGCACAAAAAUAUUUUACAACCGGACUCACUCUGCCUCAUUCUCGUCAAAAUUUUCCUCAACUGGAGUCGCUCAGACUCACUGUCAUGGGCUGAUAUGAGUCUGAGUGAGUUGACUCAUGAGUGAGUUUGCUGACCUAUGGUUGUGGGUCUGCUAAUGUGCUUACAUCACCAGACUAGUGGGGUGCACUUGGGUAGUGAUGUAACAGUUGCUUUGGUAGCACAGUGGCUGAGGCAUUAUACUGCUAAGCUCAGGUUCCCAGCUUUGGCACUUUUAUUCCAAUAGGGGUAGGUACAAAAACAUAAUAUGAUGCCCCCUCCCCGAUUGUGUGCUCAAUUUUUGGCGCACAGUAAGGAUCCUCAGGUGGUCAUAAUGAAUCUAGAACCAUUUACUAUGAUGUCUCUCACAGCCCUCAUGUUGCUUUGGUAUGAUGGCAACUCUGUUGAUCGAUAAAACUUUAUCAGCUUCACUCGACAACACUUCAGACAGCAGUGGCAUAGCACAUGUGCAGCCACUAGAUAAAUUCUGUUAGUCAUAAGCAACUAACAAUAUACUGUGCUAUGAGCCCAUGUGAUCAUAGCAUCUAUCAUCAUGGAUUCAGCACUCAUUUUGAAUCAGGGCUUGAACUGGUCAUAAUGAUAUCAUAAAUCACUCAUAACAUCAAAUGAGCGAGGUUUUACUUGGGAAACAAAAACUGUAGUUUUUACCUCUACUUGGGAUUGGAAUGAAAAAGUGCUUGUUCUCUGUUAGCUUCAGUCAGCACAACUCUGUAAAAUCUCUAGAUUGCAGCUAAUGUAAGGUUGUUGCAUUUGAUCUCUUCAUCCAACAUUAUAUGUUGCAUAAGGCACAUUUUCCGCUUACCUGUUUUUGUGUCAAUGCCAUUGAUGGCAUUGAGGUACAUGGGCUACACCAUCUGGUGGCACUUGCAAAAAGAUCACUUAAAAUAAAUGUGAAGCUCUGACGUAAAUUGCAGCAUUUCUUCAUACAAGACCGAUGUACCAAAUUUGUCUCAGUAAGUGCAGAUCUAUGAACAGCUGCAGCAGUAUUACACUAAUCCUGUACCUUUCACAGUGUCCCGUGCUAAUGCUGCUGGCUGUGUAUUCAACACACAACACUGCUAUGAGGCAGACUAAAGACCAUGGUGCUCCAACAUUGCUUUCUGCAGCCUUAUCUUUUAAUGCAUUAUCUGUAAGUGUGUGUCAUGUUCUCAGAAGUUACCUCAGAAGACAUGCAAUCUAUAUUGCAUGAAAAUGACAUGGAAUUACCCUUCUAGCACAAAAAAAAAAAAAAACCAUCUGCUGCCAUUUUCUGCUGUUGGCUCCCCCCCCCCACUCCUUCUUUUUUCUUCUACAUUUAAGGUUUCUCAGUUUCUGUCUUGCCAUGUGCAUACACCUAAUGAAUGUGAGCCUAAACUUCUAUAUGCAAUCCUCUUCGGAACAUGAGCAAAAGUAGACUGCUGUGAUGCCAAUUUACAUGCAUUUUAAGAGUGCAGAAAUGAAUCUCGCAAACUUUUCACAGGCCUUUAGAUGCAUUUGAAUGGAACCUGCUGUCAAUCAAUGAUAUGAGCUAUGGAAUUUUGUCUGCCAUAAAUUGCCAUGCAGAGUUUUUUCUCAUGACAUUAUAAACAAGUGCUAAUGAAGUGUUUGUAAGAUGUUACAAAUGCCUCUCUUGGAGUUUGCAAAUGUUUUUCAGACUGUGCGCGUUGCGGUUGCUGGCUGUUUGUGCUUGAAAGCCUCUCAUUUGUGCCAAACAUGAGCCUGGUGCCUUGUGUCACGUUACGUGCUUUUGUUUUGAUGCAGCAAGAAUUGAUGAGAAAUUUAAUGCCUUAGGAAGCUUUUGUGUGCAGUGGCUUUCAGCAUGGCGGUGUUGUCCCCAUUGAUUGGUUUGAUGUGAAUCUCAUGAAUCGUUAUCGAGAGUUUUAGAUUGCUUAUGUAUAAAAGAGAUAUUGACGCCGUGUUUUACGCGUGGUACCAUGAAAGAAAUAUGGCACUUCAUUUUGUUCCUACCUCUUCUGGGUCAUCCACUACUCAUUUAAAGCAAGCUUUAAGUUUUGUGCCCCAGUUUUGUUUUAGUAGCCACGUUUCUUGUUUGUCUUCCCUUAUUGUUGCAUAAAAACAUUGCAGUCUAUUGCAGCAUUAUCUGGUGUCGCUUCAGUGGACUGGCUACUGUAUUACUCAUUAAUUAAGGGGGUCACAUUCACACAUUCCUAAGUCCUGAUAGCGAGCCCCUGAAGAUUCUAGUGUUUUCCUCUUUCAGAAUUUAGCUUGCUGAACUCUUUCUUUGUGUGUGUGAGUGUGUAUUCAUGCUCAUUCAGUAAACUUAUCCUUUGUCAUAUCAGUGUAGAUAGACAUAUUCUGUUAAGUUCCUUAAGAUUACGAACUCUUGCACUUUUGUACUUGCAUCAAAGCCUCUUUGUGUUGCAUGAACGUUGUUCAGGCAACCAUUACUCUGUUGUGCCAAAUACUCACUACUGCUGUCUUUUUAUUUUUUGUAAUGCCUCUCUCAUGUGAAGACAUUGUACCAUGAUUCUGGUACAUCAUUCUUUUUUCAGUAACCAAUACAUUGGUGUCAAAUCUGUCACUCGAAAAUUUUACUUCUUGAAAGAGCAAAGUGAUAUGCUGGCUAAAUAUGUACCCUGAAAAAUCGCUAUGCUCAACAGUGCCUUUACACAUACUAUGUCCAUAACAUCAACUAUAGGCAAGUUACUGAACAAUGCUUAAGCCUUAAGCAGUCUGCCUACAAGGUGUGGCUGUGUUGCAUAUUUUUUGCACAGUGAGAUUCUAUUACAUCACUGAUUUCAUACUGAAAAUGGCAAGAUAAAAGUUACAGCCAAAACAAGUUGGGAAAAUUGCUUUUAAUAACGUCCAAAUUAUAAGACCUUUUAGCCACUCGCACAUAGAUCACUGCCAAAAAGUACAACUGCUGUUCAUAUUAUUGCAUAUAAAGGCAGUGAAAAAACAGUUUCAGCAUGAUGCACUUUUUAUUAUGGUUGCUAGACGUGAUAACUUUCAUAUGAGUUUUCUGCUCUGCACAAAGCUGGGUGCUUUCAUUUGUAGUGAGUGUUUCUUUUUUUUGUGUGUGUACUGGUUCCUAAGAACCUUUGGUUCUCCUCUUUCACGCACUUUGAGCCCCAUUCACUUUACAUUAUCAUUGAGGAAGGUGCAAGGUGCUCUGUGUAAAAUACUCAUUGCAGCAUUGGAGGUGCUGCCCAUGUUACAAGUGCCCACAGUGAGUUCAACAGCCAUUUUCUGAAAGUUAGCCAACAUUCAUUUCUCUCGCUUGCAUGCAGGGUCAUUUUUUGUUUUAUUGUAACUGUUCUUGGCAAGGCCAUUUAGCCAACACCACAUACUCAUUUGGAAAUGCUGUAUUGAUCUUAUGUUCUCCUUUCCUGUAUUUAACAUCAGUGCUUUCUGUCCUGAAAUGGAAUGUUUCUUCUUUUUGCAUUUAUUUGUUUUUCUCUGUACCUGUUUUCUUGCGUGUGUGUUCGUGAUGUCCACUGUGUAACUGCAAUGUGCCAGUGAACUGAUGCAGUACUAGCUUAACGCUAAAACAAUAAUUUGGUUUGUAUAAGCUAUCAGUAUAUGAUAGACAAAAUUAUGUAGGUAACCUUCAUUUGUUAAUUUGCUCACCUCUUGAGCAGUAUGUACCAGGUGUUUGAGGUUGUUGGUUUUCAAAGUUUUUAGUUUUGCCUUUUGAGCCAGUGUGCAACUCCUAGUAAAAUUGCUUUGUUUUUUUUUUUCCCUGUUCCAUCCUUUUUUUUCUUUGCAAAAUCUCAUUUUGAAUAGGCAGGAUGUAAUUAGGCAGUUUUAGUAUAGCGUAUAGCAACAACCCCAAAAAGUUAACUUAUCGUUGUGUAUACCACACAAUUAUUUAUUGGCUCCAUUUUUAAUAUAUGGGCUCGAUGAGCGGCACAGAAGGCUUAAUGAGAUAGCUUGCUCAUGUUUACUGUAACUGCAUCAAGAUGGCACCAUUGCCUUAUCUAGUUUUAGUGAGAUAGCGUUAAAGAGCUCGUUUCGCAGAAAUUCCAGUGUCGGUGUUGGCAUUGUUGGUUGUGAGUGAAAAACCGCUGUCGUCCAUGAGCGUAAAUUAGAGUCAAACACAGGCCUUCUGCGUGGCAAGCAGGUGUUCUACCACGUAGCCACGCCAGUGCUUGAAACUGCUUCCUAAAAAAACACUAUAAGAAUGUCAUAUAGUGGAAGGAGUCUCCUUAACAAAUGUAAUAUUGCAUGGCACAAUCGUAAAAUCACACCAGGCAUCAAAAACAUGUGAAUUGCGCAACGAGUGGGUGGUUUAAAGCUGCCCACCCAUUACAAAGUGUUCAGCUGCGCAGGUGCACGUGGCACCUUACGGACGCGUAGUGGGUGAUUUGCCAAUUUGCAAAAGGAAGAAUUAUGGCGUAGUGGGCACUUCAGAACUGUGCUUGCAGUAGGCAUUCUAGGAUAGUUUGAAAUGGCCAAUGUUAUGCCCACAAAUGUUCGUUUCCUUGCGGCACGGUUGAAGGCGAUGUGCACAGGGCCCGAUUACGCUGUCGUGUUCUACUCUUAAAGGCAAAGCUCAAGCGUCCUCCAAGUUUUUUUUUUGUUCAUUUGCACAUUUUAAAGCAUACAGCCACAAGCCAAGCCAAGACAUGUCAUGUUUUCCACAGCAAAACAAAGUGAAAUGUGGUCGUAUGGAUUUGGUUUGAAUACUUUGUUUUUUACAUCUGGCUGGUGCCAUAUAUGUUCGUGUUAGUCACUCCCUUCCACUAUUCUAAUGGAGUUUGUGCCAUGCAGCCUAUCUUAGUGUUAGUAUUCCAUCACAUGCUAAUGCAAGUGUUUUACACUGUACUACAGCUCUCUAUUGUUUGCUCUAUAAGGAAGCCACCCACAUUGCUCUCAAUUGUGAUUUGACCUCUUAUUUUGAUUAAAUGUGAUUUUUUUAUUUCGAUUGUCUCCAGUGGGCAAGCUAUACUAAGAAAUAGCUUUGGUUUGAAAGUUCUAGGAGUUGCAGACAUGUCAGGUUGGUCUCUAGCUGACCUAAAUUAUUCUGUUGGCUUGAGUUUAAGGAAAAAUCUAAGUAAGUAGAGACUGGAUUAUGGUCAAAUGCCUAUUUGUUUGUGCACAGCGGUGCCCUACCCUGUUUUUUGUGUACAAACACAAAUUAUGUUUUACAAAACAAAAUUCUAUAGCAGUGACUUCAUAGAGCCUAUAAAUGUCUAUUUGUGUUCUUUGUGCCUACAGAUACCACAUUUAAUUUUAGCAUCUGAAAAAUGCUUCUUGAGGCACUCUUUGUUUCAAAUGCAUAUUCAGUUACUUCCUUAUACUGGAGCUGACAAUGUUAGCAGGUGCUGUUACUAAUGGCAGGACACCUGGCAAUGUGAAUUGGCAAAUAUGUGCUGUAUUGUGAGCAUUGGUUGAGAUUUUGAGGGCCUCUCACCAUGAGCUUGACAGAAUUCAGCAAUACCAGAGAAGAAAUGUCAUUAAAGUCUAUAUGAUGCGUUGUAUGCAAGGAUUUGAGAGAGAAAGACACAGCAUUUUGAGAGAUAUAUGCUAUAAACUGUACCUUGGAAAGACUGCGACUGUAGGUUGUGCUUUGCAUCUGUUAGCGGAAGUGUCUGUCAACUGUAGCUAUGCACUCCCAGUUAUCAGUGCCUCCUUUCCCUUAGUGGUUGUAUAGACGCACUAACUGGUCGUGGUUAAUUUAAAAUCUCCAAUAGGUGAGCAAUAAAUUCUGCCCCUCACUCCACCCUCCAUUACUCUUUCUAUUUAAAUAAGUGUACAUAAGAAUAUACAUCCUCCUGUGUUCCAAAUGUGAUAUACAAGAAGACUCAGUGAAGAAUGAAGUUAUUGCAGUAUACAAUAAGUGCUUGUUUCUUGUGUAUAUUUCAUCAGUUGUGCCAUAGCUACCACAUCGUAACACAAGUUUAACGUGUGAGCCAGCUGCUUCAGAAAAGCAGCCGUCAAAGGUGCUCAAUGUUUUGAAAAAAAUUAUAGAUUUUCUUCUGCCCAAAUAAAUUUCAGCAGUUCUUGCAGGCUAGCACUGAGUCUCAGAUUGUGUGAAACUGUCAAAUGUGUGAAAUUCAAAAUGCUUCUUUUACGUCUGUGGAUGUUUAGUGUUUGUUUUCAGCCAACAACUUUAUUCUGAGUGAGAAGUCUCAUAGCUUUUAAAAGGGCCCUCACAAGGCCCCAUUGCAAAUUUCAAUUACACAUUUAAGUGCCGCCAAGGCAGUGGUUUACUGAAAGGAUUUUUCAAAUCGAUUCAUUAUGGGACAAGCGUGACAAAAUUUUAACUGUAAUGUUACCAUACUUCCAGGAGGCAAGAGUUUCAUGAUUAUGUGACGAGCCUUUUUGGUCAGUGGAGGUCAUAGAUGUGCAGACGCCUUCUCUACGUGUUGGUUCGAAAGCUCGUAUCUCCUCUUUCUUCUGUGCUUUCAGUCCCUUACACCCUUCCCAGUGGCACUGAGGCAUGCUCCCUUGUGGGCUGCAUAACAUAGCACCACUUCUAGUUUCCUAGCAAUAAACAAUCCCCCCGCCUCCCUUCUCUUUCUACUUGCUUCAUGGUGCACACAUUGUACACUAACUCGCAGACCACAGUCAGUGACGUUCCAAGGAGCACCUGUCACAUAGGUACUGUCUACAAGUGAGUCUCCUGCUGGAGUGAGGAGGUGCGACCUUCUGUUUCAAAUUUCGCCAGUUUUCGUGCUGUGCAGGCAUGUCAUAUUUUCCUGGCAUGAUUAUUGCCAACUGAUCUACGCACUUGUUCGUUUGCAAUGACCAAGACUGGUGAGGGGCCCGUUAACUCCAAAAUCUAUGCUUUACGAGGUCUGUAAACACACACUAUUCAAUGCUUCCAUUCUUACUGUUGGCUAAAAUCAUCAGGCACAGAUUUUAACUUCUCUCAUUAACCAUUGAACAGCUUUCCUGGUGUAUUUUGUGUUUUUUAUCUUUGAUCCACAUGAAGCAGCAUUACAAACAGGAAAGUACUUUCUAUGAAGUAUGCAUUGAUUGCUCAAAAUGGCAGAACAAGUCUAUUAAGCAUGUUGGCUGUAUUACAAGGAUUGACAACAAAAAUGCUCUCAUGCGCUUUGGGAAAUGUCUGUGAAGGGAUGGCUUGCAUAAUAUGGUUGCAACCUUUCAGUCCAUGCUAUGCCAGUGUUUUAAAAAACAUGAAAAUAUGCUGCACAAAUUCAGCCAAUAAACAGGUUGUGGUUUGCAAACAGUUUAUUUUUGGCCCCUACUGUGUUUAAAAUAAGGCUCUAAGUGCCUGUUUUAGAUGCUUAAAACUCAGUUUUAGCACGUAAACAUCCGGUCUCUACUUAAGCCUAGUCGCUCUAAUGUCAAAAAUGUGGCUAAUCGACAUACAUUUGCAUUCAUACUGUUAUCACCACAAGCACAUCUUUCACUGCACUGAGUGUGACCUGAAUUGUCUAAAAAAACAGUUUUCUUGCAUGCUUGUUCAGGUUGGAUAAAAAUGGGCAUUGCACCUGACAGUAGAAGCAUAUUUACAUCUCCUUCACUUCAAUGUUUUCUUGUUAUUCUGUUCUUGGCACAUUGCUAGGUGUGUUGCAUGUGCUCACUUUGAAGCACAGUCUCUCACAGGAGACCACCAAUUGCCAUUGUCACUAUUUAUGAAGGCAUUGUUUUGUGCCAUAAGGCAAGGAUUUUGUAUAAACCAUACACAGUUUGCCACGUUUUCCUGUCUACUUAACAAAUGCCGCACACAUUUUUUUGCAUGGUUUUCGGAUAUUUUUGUCUUUUUUAAUGGAGAUGAGUGGUGUCAUAGACUCCUCUCUAGUGCACUACUAAAUAAAGUGUUUUCAGCA